GCCAACCCUCCUGGGAACUAGGAGGUCAAAGGACGCCUUGAUGGGAGAACCUGUGUUGGGCUGCUAGCUGAGGGAGGGGGUAUUGUACUUAAGCUGGGACUCGAAUGUUGCAUGCAUUUUUUUUUCUUUCCCCUCACCCCUGUUCUUUUCGAAAUACAUCUCUCUUGUUGCGGGUGUCUAGGUACCCAUGUGGUCGUCGUUCAGCACAUUUUUUCUUUUUCUUUUUGUUUUUCUUCGAGGUACCCUUUCAUGUGGACAUCAACUUUCAUCUUUUCUUAUAUGGCUCAUUGUCAUCCAAGCUGUUCGGCUUGGCUGGACUGUCAGGUUGCGUUAUUUACUCUCUAUAGGUCUGCAUGAGCUGGUCAGACACCUACCCCUCAUGAGUACUGACCGAUCGUAUUGUCAAUCAAUAGUCGACAUCUGCGUGGCUUUCUCUAUCCAAACAGGCACAUGUUGAUUUCUCUUGGAAGUAGUAUACCACUGCAGAGCAUCUAUCUCUAGGCGACACACGCCUGACCUGGAAAUAUAGUAAUUGCUGC